AUAUAUGAGUGGGGUAAACAGUGGGGAGGGAGAGAAGAGAGGUAUGUGUGAGAGAGAAAGGUGAAUUGGAUCUCUUUCUCUCUGUGGGGAAUCGUAUCGCAGAUCUGAAUUUUUUUGUUGGGUGCAUAAUUUGUUAUCAGAAUUGAGAAGAAGAUAUAGCAAUGGGAUUGUGGGAAGCUUUUCUGAAUUGGCUACGCAGCCUUUUCUUUAAGCAGGAGAUGGAGUUAUCUCUGAUAGGACUUCAGAAUGCUGGAAAGACUUCCCUUGUAAAUGUAGUAGCUACUGGUGGGUAUAGCGAGGACAUGAUUCCUACUGUGGGAUUCAAUAUGAGAAAAGUAACAAAAGGAAAUGUUACAAUAAAGUUGUGGGAUCUUGGAGGGCAACCUAGGUUCCGCAGCAUGUGGGAACGUUACUGUCGUGCGGUAUCUGCUAUUGUUUAUGUUGUUGAUGCUGCUGAUCCAGAUAACCUUAGCAUAUCAAGAAGCGAACUUCACGAUUUACUGAACAAACCAUCUUUGAGUGGUAUCCCUUUGUUGGUGUUGGGGAAUAAGAUUGACAAGCCAGGGGCUCUGUCUAAACAAGCGUUGACUGACCAAAUUGCUGAAAAGUGUAUUCUGGCGUGCAGGGAUCUGAAGGCAAUUACCGACAGAGAAGUUUGCUGCUUCAUGAUCUCGUGCAAAAACUCGACCAACAUUGACUCUGUUAUUGAUUGGCUUGUAAAACAUUCCAAAUCAAAGAGCUGAGAACCAAUUUCUACUUUGAACUCUGAUGUAAUUUAUCGGUGACACAUUUCUGGAUUUACUAGAGGCAUUUGCAUGUCUAACUUGGUUGCUGAUUGAUUUAUUCUUGCCAUUUGUCAGAUGCUUUGUGAUGUAAUAUCAUUCUUGUUCGAUAGGGAAUCAAACGGGACGACAUACAUGUCAACAUGCCAAGGGUUACUUUAUUAGUAAACCAUAUUGUGUAUCAUCCGUGUAGCUAUAUGAUUAAAAUUCACAGAAUUGCAUUUGCAAGAGGAAUUCAUUUUGUAAAAUAG